AUGAACUAUAAUGUGGCCGUUACCCUGCACAGUGCAGAUGGAGGUUGUAGAAUCAGGGUGACCCUUGAUGGUCCCUCGUUUACCAGGGCCCAGGAGGUCUAUCUUGAGCCCAUGUCCACGAAAACGCUUUCUUUCGGUACCCCGAAACUCUCCAGUGGAGAUUACCACCUCACGGCCGAGGGUCUAUCGGGUGUUAUAUUCAAAGAGACCUCCAAACUUUCCUUCUCAGAGGACAGGCACACUCUCCCAGCCAGAAUAGACAUUUCUAUCCAAAUACACGAUGGACAAAAGAACCAGAUCGAAGAGUUGACAAAAGUAAGGUCUACAAGGGAAGUGUUCUCGGGAGAACACCUCCUAUCCAGUCAUCCGGAUCUGGUCCUCGAUGGGACUGUCAAUGUUGUCCCAGGUGCCGAGUACUCGGAGAUCUCUGUGGGUGGUGACAUCCAGGCGCCCACUUUAACGAACCUUGAGGACCUAGUUCGCCUGCCCUCUGGACGCGGCAAGCAGAAUAUGAUAAACUUUGUGCCCAACAUUCUGGUGCUUCGUUAUCUGGAAGCCACCAACCUUAGGGAUCCUGCCAUUGAGCAGAAGGCCAAGGGCUUCCUGGCCACUGGCUACCAGAACGAGCUGAACUAUAAGCACAGUGAUGGAUCCUACAGCACUUGUGGACCAACAAAACACUGUUCCCACAGUAGCACUUGGCUAACAGCCUAUGUGAUCCGCUCUUUCCACAUGGCCAAAAGAUACACACAUAUAGACACCAGUGUCUUGAGGGAAGGACUAAGCUUCCUGGCAUCAAAACAAAGAGGAAAUGGGAAGUUCCGGGUGAAUGGCGUCAGUUACAGUGAGAUGAAGAAUCCCCUGGCCUUUACCUCCUAUGUGCUGCUUACUUUCCUUGAAAACCAGGAGUACCUACCGGAAUACCAGCACGUGAUCAACAGAGGAAUUCAGUAUGUGGCCAGCCAAGUGGACGGUUGCAAUGAUCAGUUCUCCUUGGCCGUUGCCGCCCUGGCUUUAGCCCAAGCCAAAAGUCCAAAGGCCGGCCAGGUCUUGAGCCGACUAGAGGGGAUGGCCAGGCGCAAAAAUGGCCUUAAGUGGUGGUCCCGCAAUGCCGAUACCAUCGCUAACAGCGACGUGGAGCUCACCUCCUAUGUGUUCCUCGCCAUGUUGGAGGAAGAUUUCACUGAAGAGUCAAUGCCCGUUGUGGAGUGGCUAACUGGCCGGAGGAACAGCCCCGGAGGCUUCGGAUCCACCCAGGAUACGGUGGUGGGUCUGCAGGCCCUGACCAAGUUCGCACUGGAAGUUUUCCAGCAACCGGAGGAUAUGGACAUUUCACAGUCUGAAGAAGGACGGAGAAAGAAAUAGAAUCAAGGUCACCCCGGGCAAUGAGCCAAAAUGGUGUCCCAUGAGCUACCGCAGAAAACGAAUAAGGUAUUUGUUUCUUAGGAAUUCUUUAAAGCAAAUUCUUGAAGCUCAGGCCCUCCGC